AAGCCGCCCCCCCCACCCCGCCUCGCCAGGACCCCGCGAUGCCCGCCCCGCAGUGCGCCUCCUGCCACAAGGCGCGAGCCGCCCUCCGCCGUCCGCGCUCGGGCCAGGCGCUGUGCGCCACCUGCUUCUGCACCGCCUUCGAGGCCGAGGUGCUGCACACGGUGGUCGCGGGCCGCCUGCUGCCGCCCGGCGCCGUGGUGGCCGUGGGCGCCUCGGGCGGCAAGGACUCCACGGUGCUGGCACACGUGCUGCGCGAGCUGGCCCCGCGCCUGGGCAUCUCGCUGCACCUCGUGGCCGUGGACGAGGGCAUCGGCGGCUACCGGGACGUGGCGCUGGCGGCCGUGCGGCGGCAAGCAGCACGCUGGGGGCUCCCGCUCACCGUCGUGGCCUACGCAGAGCUCUUCGGGGGCUGGACGAUGGACGCCGUGGCCCGCAGCACGGCCGGCUCCGGCCGCAGCCGCUCCUGUUGCACCUUCUGUGGGGUGCUGCGACGCCGGGCGCUAGAGGACGGGGCGCGCCGCGUGGGAGCCACGCACGUCGUGACGGGACACAACGCGGACGACAUGGCGGAGACGGUGCUCAUGAACUUCCUGCGGGGCGACGCGGGCCGGCUGGCGCGGGGCGGGGGCCUGGGCUCUCCGGGCGAGGGGGGCGCCCUGCCGCGCUGCCGCCCGCUGCAGCUGGCCUCGCAGAAAGAGGUGGUGCUGUACGCGCACUUCCGCCGCCUGGACUACUUCUCCGAGGAGUGCGUGUACGCGCCCGAGGCCUUCCGCGGCCACGCGCGCGAGCUGCUCAAGCUGCUGGAGGCGGCGCGGCCGUCGGCGGUGCUGGACCUCGUGCACUCGGCCGAGCGCCUGGCGCUGGCGCCGGCCGCGCGGCCCCCGCCCCCCGGCGCCUGCUCCCGCUGCGGGGCGCUGGCCAGCCGCGCGCUCUGCCAGGCCUGCGCCCUCCUGGACGGCCUGAACCGCGGCCGGCCCCGCCUGGCCAUCGGCAAGGGCCGCCGGGGGCUGGACGAGGAGGGGCCGCCGGGUGGCGGCGGGAGCCACAGCCGUCCGGACCCCCGACUUCGGAGCCCGUCCCCGGCUUCUGGAGACUCCAGUUCUCCGCUGGGAUCCGACGACGUGGGAGUGCGGGGCCGCCUGUAAAUGACACUGUGAAGGUACCCGAGUUACCUUAGCGCGGGCUUCGGUGUGAGGUUGGGAAGGGGUCGGAACCCCUUACCUGUGGUCCUGCAGAAGCUGGGGCUCUGCGCUCCUGGGGCUGCGGAGGACUCCUGGGUGUCUGGGGGACCCCUGGGCCUCAGAGAGGAGAGAAUUCAACAACUUUCCCUUCCUGAGCGAGUGGGAAUUAGGGGGCCGCUUGCCUGUACCUCGGUGGCGUUCUGGGCGUGCUCAGAUAGUCCUAACCCUUCUUGAGCGCCUGCCGUGUGCCUGAUGUUUCAUGUUUGCCUGCGGUGGGAUAAGCAAAGCCAUGUAACUUGAUGGGCACAUCCGUUACAGCAGUCGUGGUGCUUCUGUGUGAGCGCUGUGUACGGGGCAGGCGCUGGGUCCUCUCGUUGCUUCCGCACCACGAUCUCAUUGGCUGUAGCCUGAGUCCCAUAACUGGCCCGAGGUCACCUCGCUGGAGCCCCAACUGGGGGCUCACACCCAGGUCUGCCUGGGGCUCCUCAAGACGGUGUAUUUAGUCCUUAGCCACCUUUCCGCGCCCACCACCACCUGAAUCUCUGUGUGAUGGGUGGGGAGCCGCUGGGUGAGCUCCCCAGACAGAUUUCUGGAGGCAGAGCUGGGUGAGCCUGGGUCAGUGACUUAACCUCUCUGGUCUUCCAUUUCCUCCUCUGAGAAUGGAAUCAAAGCCUCCCACCGAAGCACUGUUGUGAAUAUUUGAUAAAGCGCUCAAUAAAUGGUGUCCGACUUGGUUGUUC